AUGCCGAAAUCCCUCGUCAUCCCGAAUGGCUUCAGAUCGGACGUCAAGUGUUCGAAGCCCACGGAAACAUUUAGCGGCGAGGUUUUUCUAGACCUUAUACAUAAUGAUCAAGAAGCAGCAAUUGCCAAUGUCACAUUUGCACCUUGUGCCCGAACCUACUGGCACACCCAUGAAAGAGGACAAAUGAUCAAAGUUGUCGCUGGAAGCGGCUGGAUCUGCGAUAAGGGGGGCGUUCCACAGCGUCUGAAGACUGGAGAUGUCGUUUGGGCUCCGGCUGGAACCACUCACUGGCACGGAGCGGAUGAUGAGAGCAUCAUGACUCACUUCGUUAUUGGAAUCGGGAGCACUGUGUGGCAUGAAGCUGUAACUGAUGAGCAAUAUGGUCAAAAAGAUAAACCUUGA